AUGGCGAUGAGCACGGCCAUUGAUGCAGCCAUCGACGAGGUGAAGCCCGUGACCAUGGAGGUGAUCGCCCAGCACGAGGCCUCGGGCGAUGACGACGGCACAAAGCAGAUCAUCAUCACGGCGGCUGCCGAAAGCAUCAUCAAGCCCCUGGCCGGGAAGAAGCUAGCGACGGAGAAGGUGUGGAUCAACAUACGCCAGAUGGGCACGCAUGUGCAGAACAGGUUUGGAGUGGGCCUGGAGGUCACAAACGUACACGACUUGCUGCAGGUGAUCUUGCAGGGCGGCUUCAGGUACGACAAAUGUGCUGGGGCGAUCGGCUUUGAGAUGGUACCGCCGUCGGGCAUGGCGAGGUGCGUGGCGCUGUCAGCGAAGGGAACCAUGCAGGAGAUCUUGGACGACCGUGGCUACACCGCUCGCGACAAGGAAGCCGGCAACGCCAAAGACGGCGCGAAUCGGCAGCACAGCAAGAUGCGGACUCUCCUGCAGAUCCACAGGUGCGCCACGCAACACCUCAAGACGUUCGGCGAGAUCAGGUGGCCGAUCAUCGAGCGCCAGAUCGAGAAGACGCGACCGCACCUCCGUGGUCAAGUGGGGGACAUGUGCCUUUUCGUCUCGGCGUAUUCGGGCGGUGAGGACGGCUGCCUUCGUGAGCUCCACGCUGUUGGUGAUUGCAGGAGGGAUGCCCAUGGCAGCACCUUCGCCAUGCUCGCGAGGCUCAAAUGCAUACAGGGCCCCGAGUACAUGACCUCCUGCAUCAAAGCAUGCUCGCGCGCUUCCGAUUCGCACUGCCGCGACGGCGUCGCGAAGCUGCUCAACGGCACUGGCAUGGCUGCCAUCAAAGGGUCCAAGAAAUUUGACGUCAGCGCUUUCUUGGCCAUCACGGCUGCGGCAAAGAGCUUCCUCAGUAACUUGGCGAACGUGACUCCUUCGGCAAAGGCGAAGGUGCUGGGCCGCAUGCAGGUGAGGUGCGUUCUCCUGAUCCACAGCAAGCAGUCGCGCGGUAACAAGAAGUACCAGAACCUCGGAGACAUCAAACACAAGUUCCUUGAGGAGGUCGAUGCUCUCUGCCCUGGAGCCACGUCCGAGGGGCCCUGGGCGAAGUCGGAGACGCUGGAGGCCAGCAGUGGAUCGGCGCCGUCAGCGGUUGCGCGCGGUUUGGUCCAGAUCAACGCGACGUUCGAGGGCAUGGUCCUCGCCGACUCUGCGCUGCGCGCGAAGGGCAAGAAGCGCAAGGCCGACGAUGACGACGACGGCCGGAUCGUCAUCGACAGCAGCGAGCUGGCCGGCGAGUACCAGGCUGGCUUAUAG